AUGAGGCUGACUGUGUUUCUCCUAGUGGUCACUCUGGCACUUUGUGGCCAUAGAGCCACGGCAAUAGUCUGUCCAAGCCUUCUUAUUGAAAACACCAAUAUCUUAAUGGGUACUCCUCAAACAGCAAAGUUUCAACUUUCAUUCUAUGGGGCACCACAGGAAGCUGUUGAUGCGCUGUUGAAAGUGAAGGAAUGUCUGGAUAACAUAUCCUAUUUAUCCAGACUCUCAAUUGACGUUGCACUG